AGUCGCAGCGAAGAUUCAGUUCAGUUUAGAACGUGGGCUUGAACGAGACGGUUCGCUACUUGUCGGCAGCAACGAGCAAUGUGGAAAUAGAAGAAGAUAUUAAAGAAUUAAAGCAGAAGGCAGAGUAAAGUCCCACAAAUAUAAAUUUGUGCUGCCAAGUGUUGCGCGGUUGAGAGACGUUCUGGUGGCCCGUGCCCAAGUGUGAAGUGUGUUCAAGCUUAAAUUCCCGUUCUUUUAAUAUUGAAAUUCUAUGUAAAUUGAGUGAGAUGUGAUUUUCAGGCAUCUUCGCCAGAGAUGAUCAAUUGUGGUGCUGGGCGAUUUCUGCAAGUUAAUUGCUUUACGCUUUCGGUUAUGCUUUGGCUUUGACUUCUUACUCGGUCGUUUGAUAUGGGUUUAAGUUGGAAAUGAAAAGAAUAUACAUAGAAGUAAGAAAGAUUUAAAAAAAUCAUUAUUAUUUGUAGUAAAUAGUAAAAGCUAAUGAAAGUGCGCUUCAUCAGGGCAAUAAACGCUUGGUAGCUGCCAAUUGACCACCGUCGGACUCGUUGUCAGAAAUGCGGUAAAAAAUAAGUGAAAUCUCGAAGGGAAGUGAUUGAAAAGUGGUGACUAAGUGCAAGUAAGCGAUAAGUGGAGGAGGUAAAAAAUCGGGCCAAAAUAGCGCCCGAGAUAUACAUGCAUAUAUCUGGCAUACCGCUCAGUGUUCAGUGAAGCCAACGUGCUUGUGUGUGUGUUAGUGCAGUUAUUAAAAUUGCGUGUUUCUAUCGCGCUUCUUCUAGAGAUAAAAUUCCAAGCCGCGGGGGCGCAUAAAUUUUAAUUAAACAGCCAGGCGCGUCCCUAAACAACCGUUCGUGCUUUCCGCGCCUCAGCUCACGGUUUCCGUCACCCAAUCAGCGUCAUCAUCAGCAAUAUCCGUUGUGAUAGUGAAAACAGAAGAAGAAUCCGCAGCAUGCCUCUGGGAGAACAGCGAAAUCACCGUUACCAUAAAUUUCGAAAUGUUUCUUGCGUGUCAGUGUGUAUUGAAGUGAUGGAAAGAAACUAAGAGAAAACAAAUCAUAAGGAUCAGAGAGUUCAUGUUUUAUAUCACAAUAGUAACCGAAAUGUUCAAUUAACAGUAAAAAUCUAGACAAAAUGUGCAAUUGCCACAGUGAGCAACCACGAGUUCAGCGCCAAGGUGCCGAACAGUUUUCCAUACUUAGCGAAACGUGUUUUUCUCGGUCGCCCAGCUGCGUUUGUGAAUAACGUACGGCGGAUCGUUCUCCCACAUAAAGUCACUACACAGUAACACAUACACGCACAGCUAAUAAAUACAACAAUAAUAACGCAGAACAAGAAUGUGUUCGUUGCUCUCAGGAAGUAAGUGAGUUGUCUGCAUUUAAAAGCGACAGGGGAAGUGAAAGGUGAUAGCAGAGGAAGCAACAGCUAAACCACAGCGCACCUAAAAGCCGGCAACACUACGAAGUUUAUUGGCACGAAAAAUCAAAACAGCAGAAAAACCACAAACACUGUUAAGCGAGGUAAAUGCCAAGGAAAAGAGAGUUUAAAAGUGCGGAACCGAAGUGGUGAACAGUCAAAACAGCGGAAAAAGGUUACAAAAAGGCGGAAGAGGAGUGCGAAGGAUAUACGGGUCGAGAAGCAAGCAAUUGAGGAAAAACAGACGAAAACACUUCAACCGACGUUUAAGUGCAAUAACGACAAACGCAGCAACAACAACAAAACCCAAACAGAGCAACUGCAACAUCAAUAACACAAUCAACAACAACAAUAAUUGCACGUUGUAAUAUUAAGCUACAAGCAUUUCUUCCACUGCUGCUCACACUUAAAAUGCCAAAACAAGUGUGCAAAAAAUUGUGCUUGAUGUCUGAGGAUUUUAAGUGCCGACAGUAGAAGCCCAUAACAUCCAAACAAUUCCAAAUAAUAUGGAAUAAAUGGUUUUCUAAAAGACAUCUGUAAUUGUUGCGGGACAAAGUUAACAUUAUUGGAUGGAAAUUCCCGAAGAAACCUCUGUUAAGUAAAACAGCUGAGUCUACACUCAAAGUCAUCACUUCAAUACUUUCUAAAAAGUACUAUUUACUAGAGGUUUUAGGUGAAUAAUAAACGCUGCCGGACAUCUUCACGACCAAAAAUAACAAACCACAUAUUGCAGCUCAUAAACAGACUAUGUGUGCCGAGUCGUAUACGUAACAUAAAUUAAGCGAUUGUUCUGAAUAGAUUUAGAUUAUAAGAAAGUGGCAAAUUAACAACUAUUUACCAAAUCUCUGUACAAUAAAGAGCUGAGCUUGCAGCCGUUGAAAGCUACCAACACCACUGUGAACAGUUACCCACACAAAAUAAUAACAUAAAGAAUUUAAAAUUUCAUGAAAUUGUGGAAAUUGAAUUUGAAAAUGAAUUUAAUUUUGGCCACAAUGAGUUUUCUGAAAGCAAGUAGUCACCAAACUGCAACCAUUACUCUCACCGCUGUCAGCUGGUUACUGCUGGGGCUUGGAUUGAUCAUUUCAUUGCCAGUUUGCACAGCUGGCCCGCAUGAGAAACGCCUUCUUCACGCCCUGCUCGACAACUACAACAGUCUGGAGCGACCCGUCGUAAACGAAUCCGAUCCACUGCAGUUGAGCUUCGGGCUGACGCUAAUGCAAAUCAUAGAUGUGGAUGAGAAAAAUCAAUUGCUCAUAACAAAUAUUUGGCUCAAAUUGGAAUGGAAUGAUAUGAACUUGCGUUGGAACUCAAGCGAGUAUGGCGGUGUACGGGAUCUGCGCAUUCCUCCACACAGACUUUGGAAACCGGAUGUGCUCAUGUAUAACAGUGCCGAUGAGGGUUUUGACGGCACCUACGCCACCAAUGUUGUGGUCCGGAAUAACGGCUCGUGUCUGUACGUACCGCCCGGAAUUUUUAAGUCCACCUGCAAAAUCGACAUCACGUGGUUUCCAUUCGACGAUCAGCGCUGUGAAAUGAAAUUCGGCUCUUGGACAUAUGACGGCUUUCAGCUGGAUUUGCAGUUGCAGGAUGAAGCUGGCGGAGACAUCUCAAGUUUCAUAACGAAUGGCGAAUGGGACUUGCUAGGCGUGCCCGGUAAACGAAAUGAAAUCUACUAUAAUUGCUGCCCAGAACCUUAUAUUGACAUAACGUUCGCCAUUUUAAUACGACGGAAAACUUUGUACUAUUUUUUUAACUUAAUUGUGCCGUGCGUACUGAUAGCCUCAAUGGCACUGCUAGGGUUCACACUGCCCCCCGAUUCUGGUGAGAAGCUCUCGCUCGGAGUUACAAUUCUACUAUCGCUAACAGUCUUCCUCAAUAUGGUGGCCGAAACGAUGCCAGCGACCUCAGAUGCAGUGCCGCUCCUAGGAACUUAUUUCAAUUGCAUUAUGUUUAUGGUGGCCUCAUCAGUUGUGUCAACCAUACUUAUCCUCAAUUAUCAUCAUAGAAAUCCAGAUACGCAUGAAAUGAGUGAAUGGAUAAGAGUAAUAUUCCUUUAUUGGUUACCUUGCAUAUUGCGGAUGCAAAGGCCGGGACAGGUCGGCUAUGAAUGUCCACCACCGCCGUCGUCAUCGAGCUCCUCCAAUGCCGGCGAUAAAAAGCACCAGAUGCAGAACGUCGAACUGAAAGAAAGAUCAUCGAAAUCAUUACUCGCCAAUGUUCUGGACAUCGACGAUGACUUCCGUUGUAACCAUCGCUGUGCCAGCGCCACGUUACCCCAUCAGCCGACUUACUAUCGCGCCAUGUAUAGGCAAGGCGAUGACGGCAGUGUCGGUCCGGUGGGCCCCGUCGGCCCUGUUGGCCCGGUGGGCGAUGCGCGAAUGCACGAAGCCAUGUCGCAUACCUGCCUCAGCUCAUCUGCCGAAUAUGAAUUGGCGCUUAUCCUGAAAGAACUGCGAUGGAUCACAGAUCAGCUGAAGAAAGAGGACGAAACGGGCGACGUAACGCGCGAUUGGAAAUUCGCAGCGAUGGUUGUUGAUCGCUUGUGCCUUAUAAUUUUCACGCUGUUUACAAUAAUUGCCACUUUGGCGGUACUCUUCUCUGCGCCACAUUUCAUUUUCCCAUAAUCUGUAUCAAUAUCGAAAGUCUGGCAACCACAAGCACAACAUUUGGUUCAGGCGACAACGCGGAAAGCUACGAUUACAAUCAAGAAGCUUUUAUUCGUUUUUUUGUUACAAUAUGAAAUGUCACCAGAGCGAUUUUCAACCUCAAACACUGGAAAGAAAAAACAACAACACAUGUAGCAAAAAACUGCAAAUAACAAAAACAAAAUGUGCCUCAGUCAACGAAAGAAAAAGUGUAAUUUUAUGCCGAAGUUGUAACAAUUUUAGGUUUUUACGUAGUAAACGAUAAAUUCAAAACGCCAACAUCCGUUACAAAUGUCAUUAGACUCUUCACUUUCUUCUAUUUUUGAUCAAUGAACCAAACACAUAGCAGUACGAUUCCAAUAAAAUAUUCGCUUCAAUUAACGUAAUUCGCUUAACACCACAUCGAUGACACGACCUAAACAGAUUCUUGGUUGUCGAUUUUGACAACUAUUCAAUUGAUUGCUGUUUCUUGCGGCGCACUAGAAGAUCCUCAAUUUUGCGUAAGGCAGGUCACUUUGAAACCCUCUUUCGAUAUCUUUGGUCAAAGAUCGACAAAUAUUGGAACUUUAUAGAGAAUUAAAAACACAUAGAUAUAUAAGCUGGUAUGAUCCAGGUCAUAUUUCAUCAUAUUUUAGUUUGAGAAUGAACUAAAUGAGAUCAGCUAUAGAUGAGCACUCAGUGUUGAGGUGUUUGGUUCACACUCUGUUUUUAUUUCCUUUUCCUCUUAAUUUCAAAGCUAUUUUUUGGUUGAACUAAGUUGAAUUGGAUAUAAGGAAAAAGGCAAUAAUUAAAAGUGAAUAAGAGUUCGCUGUGAUAAGUAAAAAAUUGCUGGGGUAAAAUUGUGCGUGAGGAAUUUAAUUCGCAUGUAGAAAAUGUCAAAACUACACUGUAAGAUAUGUGUGUCAAAUUGUAAUUAUAACGCUAACUCGAAGUCGAUAAAUUGAGUACCAGGGAUGUGACAGCUACGAGACUUAUCAGUUUUAAAUUGUCAAAUAAUGCGGAAACGCUGUAUCUCGAUGAUAUAAUUUUUAAGAAUCGAUUUCGAGUGCAUUAUAUGUGAAAAUUUCACUUGAUUUAUGAGCCUAGAGAAUGUGAUAAAUGAAAUCGAAAGCAAAAUGUGAAUUAAGCGCAAAUAACUGUAUAUGAGAAAUGGAUAUGUGAAAAUUGCAAAGGUAUUUGCAGUCAUAAUUCUAACUAUGAUACAAACAAACAUAAAAAAGGAUUCAAAAUAUCAGCAAAUCUAUAAAAGUGCUUCGUAACUAUAUAGGCUAUAGGUUUACGAGUCUGUGCAAUUAACAUUACACUCAUAUAAUACUUACUACUGUUCGACUGCAGCAGUAGAUGUACUCCCUUCUCCGCACUGUCUUUCUAGAGAUCGCUCAACUCAUUCUCAACCCGUACACAAAUUGCUGACGUAGGCAAAAAAGAGAAAUCUGCGAAAAAUUAAAUAUCUAUUGUACUUAAUAUCGAGAAAGUAUAAAGUUAACUAUUUUAUAAAGUAGAAAAAGGUAUAAGAAUAUUACCUAAGUACUUGUUAACGAGAAUAAUGCUCCAUAUACAUGCAAUACAUACAAUACAAUAACAAAGAGAACAUAAAUAAUAAUUUAAAAAAUAAAAGAGAAAACGAAAAUAAAAACAAAAAAAAUUUAAUUAAAAAUAAUAAUAAAAAGUUGGAAUUAAAAGAAAACACUUACAUUUGAAACAUGCAAUAUAAUUAGGAAAUAUACUUAAUUAUAAGACACAAUUACGGUUGAUGCAUUACAUAGCAAUAAGUCGUUGAAUUACAUGCGUAGCCAAUUGUAUAUUACAAACGUUUUGAUGCAAUUUAAACAGCAAAAAGUUAACAAAUUUCGUGCGUAGAAUCUACCUUCUAAGAUAUAUUAUAGAACACAGUGAGUAAAACAUGAUGAAUUAUGUGUAUAAAUGCAUGACAAUGCGCUAAAAGUCUUGAAUCUUGAAUUAAAGCAAUCAUAACGUAAAACCGCAAAUGGCAAUAGAUUUACAGAUAUGUGUGUGUGUAUGACGAUUUAUUGUUUGGCGUUUUUAGUUUGGUUGCAAAUAAUACGCUAAGCUAAGUGAGUAAAUUUUAUGUUUAUAAAAGAAAUUAGCGAUAAGUGAGUGACUCUGUGACUAAAAACAAAGGGAGAGUUUCGAAGCGCAGAUUACAGAAAGCAAGAGCAAAUCGCGAAUUGAUGCGUGUGGCGGUGUCAACAAUUGCUGAAUAGAACACUGUACUCACAGAACAUGCGGAACUGUAUGCUUCCAAUGAGACCGCUUACCUUAGCUUUUAUUGCUCCCUCUUUGCCAAGCUCUCCUUGUGCCAAGUGGUGAGCACUUCACUUAUAUGCAGCCUAAAGUAUUUUGACAGCAUAAAUUGCUUUCGCGCGCAACUGUAGUUUAGUUAAUACAUAAAUUUUAAUUAAACCAACAAUUAUGGCCUAGAAGCGUAGACAUACAUACACACAUAUUUGUAUGGCAACAUUCUAGCAUUUGAAUUGAAAAACGAUAAACAAUAUAAUUUCUAUUCACUGAACGUUAGCAUAGUUAUAGGCGCAGCAACCAUAUACCAUACGCAUACUCACAAAUAUAGUUACGAAUAUAUACAUAUAUACAUAUUUAUAUAAAUAGCGAAUUGAAAAUUAUUUGUGUCACAUUGACAUGCUUUUGUAUCGACAAACAAAUAGCCAAAUACAUAGCACAUUACGUUAGUGUUAUAAACAUACGUACAUAACUAACAUAUAUACAUAAAUAAAGGUAUACCCAUAUACACAGCAAAUUAGUAAAGCGACAACAGCGCUAGGAAUAUAGUAUAAUAUGAGCAUAAAAGUUAGAAAUAUACAUACUUACAUAAACAAAUAUAAAUUGGCAAGACACGGUCAAUAGAUAAAUGCAACAAUUUUAACAUGUAUACACACACACACACACACAUGUAUAUCACCAUAACUGGCAUACCCAUGCAAACAUAUGCUCGCGUUUCGAAUGUGUGAAAGAUCCACGUUGAAGCGAAGCUUUAGUUUAGACAAGCGCAGUUAUUUUUAUUACAAUUACAAGCAGUUAGAGAAGAAAACAAUUAGCUAGUAAAUCGAAUAUAUUGCAAUCACAAACACAUUUGUACAUACACACACGCUUACACAGAGUCGCUUCAUCCCAUCGCUAUGUUAACUGCUGAAGUUCUUCGCAGCGAUUCACCGCCGCCUGCAGCACUUCCUCGGCUAUGAGUUUGUAAAUACCCCCGCAACCAUCGCGAGUUCCCUCUCUCCUAACAUACACACACGUAUAUAUGGUAUAUACAUGUAUAUGUAUAUAUAGAUUUGAAGAAAACAAUGACAAACCGAGCAAAAUUGCACGCGAAAGUGCAAGCAAAUGUGGAAAUUUGAAUGCGAGAAAACAAUGGUCUUCCUUAAAAUUAAACUGUAACAUAGGCAAAAGUAAACGCAUAAUACGCAAUCAAAACCAAAUAUAUACGUACGUACGUAUAUUAUGCGAGUAAAUAAGUAAUACAUACGUAGACGUAAGCAAAACGUAGAAACUCGUUUAGAGUUUCAAUUUCAGUUGAUAAGUUUCAUUAAACUAUGUAAGUGAAAGGGUAAAUUUCACGCAGUUACUUGGAACAUACGAUAGCAAUAGAACAUUUGAUAAACAUACUAAAAGUAUAUUUUGCUAGACAGCUAGACACCCGAUACACAUUUUUAUUGAACAACACUAGCAUUUAAUGACUUCCACACUUUCUCAUAUACACCCUGUUGGAAGAAACGCGUCUACAGUGUGGAAAUCUCUUGGAAUGUGUAGAAAGGAAAGACCCCUCAGAGUACAAAGUACACACUGCAUGAUUAUAACAACCAAAGUUUAUUUAGAUACAGAUCUACAUAAUACUUUAAAAGGAGGCAACUUUUUAGCAAACAUUUCGUAGUUUGACUUGUUUAAGUAUACCUAUAUACAAUUUUCAAAAUUCUAGUUUAACUCAAUGUAUUUUCGAACAUUUGGUACUAAAAUCAUAAAAUUUUAGCAAUGAUACUAUAUUCCUGCUUCAGCCCGAACAAAUGCGCAAAUACCGAGCACGGCCAAUGCCAUGACGAAGAGUGUUGUCGGCUAAUCUCUUCGCCUUUUGUUAGGUGCAUAGCUUCAAUUCCACUUUAUAAAUAUAAACAUUAAUCUACCAAAUAACAGUUCAUUCAGUCAAUUAAGAAAUUUCUCAUCUCUAUAAAUAAAAUUAAGUCGGGUAGCACUUAUGUUACAACUCCAGAACGACUGGAGCGAUUUUGAUAGUCUCUAACUUGCCGAAUUCGUCUGCGCUCCGAAUAGCAGAAUAAUAUAGAAUAUAGUAAUGAUUAAAUGAUAACAAAUUUAAAAUAGAAUAAUCUAGAAUGAUUUCCGAACACAGAAAAAAUAGGAAGAAACAAUGCCAAAAAUUGUCAAAUCGAUUGGUUAUUCCUUCAUUCAUUCCUUUGUUGGACGGUACAAAUUGGCUGGGUCAGUUAGUAACUACAUACAAUUUGUUCUGUAAAGUUUUUCUUUGAAAACACCAAUUUUAACGUUUCAUUGAAUCAAGAAAGCUUGAAAAUUACAUUCCUUACGGGAUUUUGAUAAAUUUUUUAACUCUUCGCACUCUUUCCCUGUGUAUGCAUCUAAAUAGUCUUAAUAUACGACUUUUAUAUAAAAAAAAAAUAAUAAUAAAGUUUUCGUAUGGAAAAGCCCAUAGUGGGAACUAGAUGUCCACAAUCACAACCUCCCUGCCAAUCGCAAUUUUUUGGUCUGCAAUCAGGAGCAAAUGUACAAGUAUGUGUGAAAAACCUUGCACUACGAUAUAACCAGCUGCAGGGGGAGACCAAAUAAAAAGACACUCGCUGAACUGUUAAUAUUUCUUACAAUGCUUCAAAUCAUGUCGUUUUUGAAAGUAAAACAGCAACAGAGCUUUUUUAAAGCUUUUUCACUUUACAAGUUAGACUGCUUAAUUGAAUUGCUUGAAACUAGAAAUGCAAAUAAACAAAUUAAAAUUUAAACACAUAUGCAAACAUAUCUGAUAACGGUAAAUGCGUCAGCGACAAUACGUCUAUAUGUUGAGUUUAACUAUUUUCUAAGCCAAAUAAUUAAACUGUUUCGUAAAAUAAGCCAAUUUGCGCAUUAAUGACAAUCGUUCCGUUCGAAAUUAACCAGAGGUUUCCGCCUUUUUUGGUGGCCCUCGGGCUACGCAUCUCUUUUACAAAACCUGUUUUUUAUAAAAACACUGCAAAAAGUAAUUGCAGGGCCAACUACGAAUUUCCAUUGAUUUAACUAGAAAACUAUAAAAUAAAUAUCUAAAUUAUAUAAAUAAACACUAAGUAGAAUGCCAAGAACCUCAACUAAAUUCGGUUUCUUCUUCAACUAUGUAGAGUUGGCAACCAGGAAGAUAUGACGCAGAGCGCGCGUAAGUUACGAAUAUCUUAAGUGUAGUAAAUCUAGUAUUUAAAUACGCAACAACUAAGCGCUUACGGACACACACACAUCCAUACAAACAACUACUCGCUCGCACAUUUGCCAAUCAUAUUUCGACUUCCCUCCAUCCACCUCACCCUUCUCCCACGCAUUGCCCGCUUCGCCGACUUCUUUUGGUCUUACGUUCUUACAGAGUUGAUAUUAAGUAGACUAAGCCAUACAAACAUAUAUUAUAUAAUCGUAUAUAAGUAAGUAUACGUAUAAGCAUGUGAGUAGUAGUGCAUAUAGGCCAAAUGCUUCCAACUGCUUUCUGGCUCCUUGCGUGCGUAGGUGUGUACGUGUGUAGCGCAUGCGUGUGUAUGUUAUGUACGAUGCUUUGUGCGUGCAUACACCCACCUAAUUGGUCUAAAGCUACUUAUUAAAACAAUGAAAAAUACUAAUUAUUAUGCUAAAAAUCGGAUAAUGAAACGGAAAUGCUACAACAGUUCGUAUGUAUGUAUACUAUAAUAUUGAAAUGCGAAAACCCAAAUGACAACAGGAAAAUUGUGUAAAGCAAAUAUCUAAAUUAAAUAUGUAAGCGAAAAUUUUAACAACAAUAAUAGAGAAACACAAAAAAACGAAGCAUUUUAAAGCCAUAAAAAAAAUAAUUAAAUACACAAAACAAAAACAACAAAACUGCAUACCGAAAUCCAUAAUAUGAAUACACACAAGCUGUUCAGUAACUUGCGAUCCAUAAAUAUGCAAUCAUGUAGGUCACAAAUAAAUAUAAUACAGCAAAACUUACAAAUAUAUGUACAUUUAUAACUUUUUUCAGUGAAUAUGCGUAAUUAUAACAGAAACACAAAACAAAGCACGCAAUUUAAAUCGAAAGUUUCCGACAAUAUCCACUUAAGAAAUGUUAAAACACUUUUCAAAAAAUUAUUUUCAACAAAAUAAAAAUUACAAUUUCUUUGCCUCGAGUUACAGACUCUUCUAUCUCAAUUCAAAUUUAGUCCGUAACUGUUCGUGCUUGCUUCCUUACAAGCUGUGGUAAAGCCAAAAAGCUCAAGUUCAAAGCAACCUCUUAAAUGAGGGUCCGUUGUUCUUUAGUUCUACCGUUAAUCAGACAUUUCAUUUUACUCCCGACACUUCUGGAAAGUUAUCAUCGAAUUAGCAGAAACUUUAUUCUGCUCACAUGGUAAACUCUAGUCCACAAUGCGGAAGAAAACGACAAGUAACCCUUUCCAAUCUCUUGAUAUAUUCGUCGUUUUUUAUGAAUAGAAGCAUUUUGUUUACUUUUUUUCAUGUAUUCUCAUUAAAUGAAAUUGCUUAAAAAUAAGAUAAUCGAAGAAACCCAAAGCAUCUAUUCUGCGAUCCGAGUGCUCAGUCGCAUGAAAAUCUGAAUCGUAACAAAACGUUUUUAUGAAAUAGUCAUAUGUAAUAAUUUUAGAAAACAGCAAAACUCGAAUAGAAAACGAAAACGAAAACGAAAAGGAAAAAGAAUGAAAACAAGAGAGAUACGCAAAUCAGAGAAUGUAGAUUAUAUAUUCUCUGCGCAAAUAAUAAAAAUUAACCUCAAAGUUAAAAAGUAAAAAAGCAUAAAACAAAACAAAAUGGAAAUUAAAUUCAACAAUCAACUAUUAACAACAAAUGCAUAAACAAAUAUGGUUGUAAAAAUUAGAAAAUUUAAAUUUGAGAAUCAAUAUAAACUAUAAAAGUGAAGAAACCUAUAUUAUAAAAUAUCAGAGAGGACGAGCUAAACUAUGGAUAAAGAACAAGAAGUCAAACACUAAGUUAUUGUAUUAGCAGUAGUACAUGCAUACAUACAUACAUAGUUUUAAUUUAGGUUAAGCAAUAAGGUAAUAAAUUUCAAUUGCGGUGAAAAGGCACAAUAAAAAUUUAAAACGCAGCAAAAA